GCCAGCACGCACUUCCGCCCCCGCGUCGCUCGCAGCCAAUGGGACCUGAGGGCCCGCCCCUUCCGCACUGGAGAAAAACGAACCCCCAGAGCGUUUUCCGGCGGGAGCUGUGGCUCCUUAUCAUGGGGACAAUUCAUCUCUUUCGAAAACCACAGAGAUCCUUUUUUGGCAAGUUAUUACAGGAAUUUAGACUGGUAGCAGCUGACCGAAGGACCUGGAAGAUACUGCUCUUUGGUGUAAUAAACUUGAUAUGUACCGGCUUCCUGCUUAUGUGGUGCAGUUCUACUAAUAGUAUAGCUUUAACUGCCUAUACUUACCUGACCAUUUUUGAUCUUUUUAGUUUAAUAACAUGUUUAAUAAGUUACUGGGUAAUGAUGAGGAAACCUAGCCCUGUCUAUUCAUUUGGAUUUGAAAGAUUGGAAGUCCUAGCUGUAUUCGCCUCCACGGUCUUGGCACAGCUGGGAGCUCUCUUUAUAUUAAAAGAAAGUGCAGAACGCUUUUUGGAGCAGCCUGAGAUACACACGGGAAGAUUGUUAGUUGGUACUUUUGUCGCUCUUUCUUUCAACCUGUUCACGAUGCUUUCUGUUCGGAAUAAGCCUUUCACUUAUGUCUCUGAAGCUGCUAGUACGAGCUGGCUUCAAGAGCAUGUUGCAGAUCUUAGUCGGAGCUUGUGUGGAAUUAUCCCAGGGCUUAGCAGCAUCUUCCUUCCCCGAAUGAAUCCAUUUGUUCUGAUUGAUCUUGCUGGAGCAUUUGCUCUUUGUAUUACUUACAUGCUCAUUGAAAUUAAUAAUUACUUCGCGGUAGACACUGCUUCUGCAAUAGCCAUUGCCCUGAUGACAUUUGGCACUAUGUAUCCCAUGAGUGUGUACAGUGGCAAAGUACUGCUUCAGACAACACCACCCCAUGUUAUUGGUCAGUUGGACAAACUUAUCAGAGAGGUAUCUACCUUGGAUGGAGUUUUAGAAGUCCGAAAUGAACAUUUUUGGACUCUAGGUUUUGGCUCAUUGGCUGGAUCAGUGCAUGUAAGAAUUCGACGGGAUGCAAAUGAACAAAUGGUUCUUGCUCAUGUCACCAACAGGCUUUAUACUCUUGUGUCUACUCUGACGGUUCAGAUUUUCAAGGAUGAUUGGAUUAGGCCUGCCUUAGUGUCUGGCCCUGUGACAGCCAAUGUCCUAAACUUUUCAGACCAUCACAUAAUCCCAAUGCCUCUUUUAAAGACUACUGAUGAUUUGAACCCUGUCACAUCGACUCCAGCUAAGCCUAGUAGUCCACCUCCAGAAUUUUCUUUUAAUACCCCUGGAAAAAACGUGAGCCCAGUUAUUCUUCUAAACACACAAACAAGGCCUUAUGGUAUUGGUCUUAAUCAUGGACACACACCGUAUAGCAGCAUGUUGAAUCAAGGACUCAGAGUUCCAGGGAUUGGAGCAACCCAUGGAUUCAGGACUGGUUUCACAAAUAUACCAAGUAGAUACGGAAGUAACAACAGAAUUGGACAACCAAGACCAUGAUGUGCUCUAACUUAUUUGAUAUUGACUCUUUGGCUUCCGAUUUAUUUAGUAGUCCAACUUUGCAUUGACUGUUCAGUCAUUUACACUAAAUGUUAGAUAAUAGUGGGCUUGUUCACAUUUCAUGGAACCUAUAAACUAUAUUUUUGUAAAAUGUUUCUGUGACAGUGAGAUCCUUGCAGAUGUUACAGACUUUAAAUAGGCUUCUUUUAGAAAGUUUGUUUCUCUAAAUUUUAGUUUUGCUAUUUUUGGUUUUGUAACUGCCUGCAGCUGAUGAGACCUUACCUUUAUAAGAGAGCCUCUUGAUUUCUUUCAGUGAAAUUUAUAAACAUGCUUUGCAAACAAUAUACAUUUUAAGAAAGGAAAACAAUGUAACUUUUAAAGUAAAAGUCUCUUAUAAUUUUUCCACUUAA